AAGCCCGAGUCUUCUGUUUACCAACACAGCGACCCCGUUCCGCGCAUGAUCUCCCUGGCAAACUUUCCAACCUCGGGAAAUAAGUGCCCUGCGCGGUGCAACCCGCUCUCGGACAGCAGCAGGAGGAGGAGGACCUGCGCUCGGCUUGGAGAGGACAGCGGUAGCAGGAAGAGGACCUGCGCUCGGCUUGGAGAGGACGGGGUCCCAGUGAACCCGGGACGGCGCCUCCGCUCCUGAUGCACCCCCUGUGCGCGCGGGCCAGCAUGCUGCCGGAGAUCAGCGCGGCCGCGAGCUUCCUGUCGCACCUGCUGCGCGCCCGGGGGCUCGUGAGCGACCGGCAGCUGCAGACCUUCAGCCAGAGCCUGCAGGACCUGCUGGCGGAGCAGUACAAGCACCACUGGUUCCCCGACAGGCCCUGCAAGGGCUCCGGCUACCGCUGCAUCCGCAUCAACCACAAGAUGGACCCACUGGUGGGCAGGGCGGGCCAGCGGGUCGGGCUCAGCGCGCAGCAGCUCUUCCGGCUCCUGCCCAGCGAGCUCACGCUCUGGGUGGACCCCUUCGAGGUGUCCUACCGCAUCGGGGAAGACGGGUCGAUCUGCGUGCUCUACGAGUCGCCACCGGCCGGUGGCAGCGGCGCCCAGGGCCCCGCGGGCGGCGGACUGGCCAUGGCGGACAGUCGGAUCAGCUGCAAGGAGGAGCUGCUGCUGGGAGGGGCCAGUCCCUCCAAAUCCUACGCCAUGAUGACGGUGUCCGGCUAGCGGCUCCGCCUGACGGGGGAGAUGCCAGCUGAAGAGAACUCGGAGGUUUUGUGACUUUCUGAGGGCUCCCUUGGGGAGAGGAUCAUGGACUCUCGUGGUGCAGCUAUGAAGAUCUAAGAUGCAGCUUUCGUGGUGUUGAGGGGGGUGGGGGGGUAUUGCCUAAUUGCCACAAUUGUAGACUUUGCACUUUGGUACGUCGUCUUUUGUAAGGAAUUCAUUGCAGCAUAUUGCUAUACCUUUAUUUGUCGAGAAAUCUAUUUUUUAAAGAAAACGGGUUUAAAAAUCCUGCAGGUAUUCUGUACUGUGGUCAGAGAGUGACCCCAUCGCUCCUAGAUGCUUCAACUAGUCAUUGAAGAACCUCUUUUUCCCGUGCAGUACGUAAACCACAGAUGGUCAUUUGUACCUGGGACAAAUUGGACUUCGCUUUUGUCUUUAGUUACAGAAUACUGUCAAUCAGAAAUGUUCCUUGUGUAUAUAAGAUUGCUAUAGAUUAAAUUCUGCCAUGAUUUAUGAAGAUGGUGCAUUUUUCAGCAGUUCUGUUACUCUGAGAUUUAAUACCAGUUCUUUUCAUGCCCGUAUGUCAGCAUACCUGUAACCCUGAUUUUAAAUCUAGUUCAGAAGUCUAGUGUGCAUCUCCCACCUCUUUGUGUGUUGGUGUUCCCCUUAACCCGGGUAGAGUGAAGUGUUAUGGUUACUUGAGUGCACUUGGACCUCCAGACUGUGGAACAGGUUAGUAGUCCUUACCUUCCAUAUAGUAGAAUUGUUUUAACCUUUACCUUUUACUUAGGAAAAUGGGCCAGGCUUGACAAAACAACUUACUAUUACUAUACAAUACAUUCGUAAAUUUGUUGUAUUGUUCCUUCUAGUUGGGGAUUUAGUUGUAUUUUAGGGUUUCUGUUUUGCUUAAUAUUCCUCUGUUUCCAAUUUGAAAUAAACUCCUCCUCUCCCUGCGAGAUACACAGAGAUUGGCUUUUCACGGGGUAGAGCUCUUGUAGUGGAGUGAUUGAGGUGCUGCAGGAAAGUUUUAAAGUCAAAUUGCCACGAAAGCAGGAUGUUUUCAGUCAGUGCUGUACACAACUCUCUUCUUCCUGUGCAUGCACUCGGGGUAGGAGAGAGCUGGGGGUUGAGUGCAGUAGAAGGGGCUCCUGCUGCAGGGUUUCUUUAACAGUGGGCUGUGUUCUCAGGCUGCCUUGUCCAGGCACCAGUGAGAGCAGAGAGGAGGGGCUGGCAGAGAGCCAGGCUCCAGGGUUUCAUCACACUUCUGAGUCACUGUCAUGUGCGGGACAAAUUUGUGUAGGAGGUGCAUGAAGAGCUAUAUUUGUGAGGGCUGUUUUCCUCAUUUUAUUUCACUGUUUCGCUGGGUGGCUACACUAAUGUGAGCCCUGGGCCCCUUUGAGACAUUAAUGAAGGUGUUUGGUCUUCUUCUGUCGCUGAAGUGCAUCUGUUUAGACUGUGAAUUCUCGGACAGAAUGUGUGGUGCCACAUUCCACACCCCUUGGUCAGAAGUGUCAGCCUUUGGCCAGAUAAGGGCAGCUAUGACCUGGCUUUUCUUAUAACUGCACUGAUUGUAGUGAGCAUUCAGCAGGCACUGAGCUUGUUCUUUUCCCUCUUAAUAUAAUAUAAAAAUGUCUGCAAUAACCAAUGUAAAACUGGGAUCUCUAGGAAAAACCCUAUAGCAACAAGUUGGGUUUUGGGUACUUUUCGAAGUUUCUAACAAUGACUUCAGCAGUCAGUGGCAAAUGUUUCCGUACCUGUGAUUAUUAGUCCUGUGUUCAUGACAAUACUCCUACUGAAGCCUGUGCUACAGCCUGCCUUAAAUGGUGACAGAAAAGAUGGCACAAGUGGCAUAAGUUGUAGGUUACAGAUCCAAAUGGGGGGGGGGACUUUUAAAGAAAUCUAUAUUGGACACUUGCUUUAGUGCUGUUAUUAUGGGAUUAAUUUUCUUUUGGAGAUUUUUUUCUUACAUCUGUAAAUGUUAAAUCACUUUUACUUUACAUUGUUAACCUGCUCAAGUUGAAUAUAGUUGGGAUUUAUAACUGAUUAAUAUAAAAUUUAAAUGUGGACUGUUAUAAACGCAUUGGUUCAUUGACCAUGAAUAUGCAAACAUGCUAUCCAUUCCGAAUUGAGACCUAAAAAUAUCUUGACAGGGCUCUUAACAGGCAUAAUGUAUUUUCAUUUAUGGUAAAAGGUUUAACCUGUCUAUCUUUCCUAAAUGUACAUUAAAAAGUAUUAAUGCAGUUGUGUAUGGUUGUAGAGUUAUGUCGGUUUCACUUUUGGAUGUAGAGGUCAUGGCAUAUACCACCUACUCAUUUCAAGUACUCUGUAACCUGAUUUUUGAGAUGUUGCCAAACUCAAGCCAUAGGGGCCAAUGUUGUCAAUGCAUUGUGCUAGCAAGGACCAAAGUAAGUUCUUUUGGUAAAUCUGGGUAAUUUUCAUGAUCUUUGAAUCUUGUCUGUUUUUUUUUUUUAAACUAAACUAGUUAAGACAAAGCAUUUCUUCCUUGUGAACUGUCUGUUUUUAUUUUCUUAGAUAUGUUGUGAACUGCUGUAAAUUUGUACAGUUCAAUGUAAAUUGUGAGAAAGUUGUACAGAUUUCUAUAUUUUGGAAGAGAUUUUUUUCCUCUGUAAUAAAACUUUCAUAUCUUCGCA